UCCGUUUAUAAUAAAUAGUACCCCGGAGAAUUUCCGACUCAGCCACAUCCAUUGUCCUAUCCUCACUUAUCCUCGGUAAUCUCCCACAAUCUUAUGGCCGCCACCCUCAUAGACUGGCGUUGGCAGAUAAUCUCCAGCUACGAACCCGCUCGUCCCAUAUCCAGCAUGAAACACACAUCGCAGUUGAAAUAUAGAAACACCCGUCACACCAAAUCCAGAGAUAGCUAGCUCCACACAACCCACCCAGCUCCAUGAUAGUUUACCACCGGCUAGUAAGUAAUUCCCUUCCACAGCAGGAAGAACAAUGCCUAUAUCGAGGAGAGAAACCCACGACCUCUGGGCCCUAGAUUUCUGGGUUGAACGCAAGCGGGAACUCUCGCUCCCGGGCUUGUUGGUACUUCUCCAAGACCAGACUGGAGCACGCAUUCACAAGAAAAUCUUCACUCCGCCGGAGAUUGCCCCAAGCCUGCAUUAUGUCAUGAUCCGGGUUAUCACACGCGACGGUGAGUGCCUCGAAUCAGCCCACAAGGACCUUGACUCCAAGCUCUGUCGACUGAUGGCUAACGAGGACUGGGAACACGAGGAGCAGACCGAGCUGAAUUGGUCCACCAAGAUGCUGCGUCGUGUACGGAAGGACGGUCAGAAGGAUGGCUAUCAUCUACAGUUCUGGAAGAUCCAGGAAUUCCCCCGCGACAGUAUUGAACCCGUGGAUUUCGCUACCGCUGAGGUGGGCCUUCGGGUGCUCGAGCUUAUGAAUGAGUGGCAAUGAGAGCAUUGCGGAGCAUGGAUUUGGGGCGGUGGCUUCGCAAUUG